AUGUCGUGGAGAAGCCAGGGAAUCACGGGCUCCAACAACAUCCCGUUGGGAAAGCGCCGUUUUGGCGGCGAGGACGAGGAGUACCCCGAAGCUCCUCCCCCCCCUAGCAAUGACUAUGGCAACGGCAUCAACAACGACAACGGCAGCGGCAACGGCGAGUUGAAGCGUGGUCGCAGCCCUGAGCCACGUUCCGAUGCCGAUGGCCCUCGUCGCAGAAAGAAGAGAAACCGUUGGGGUGACGCGUCGGAGAACAAGGCUGCUGGAUUGAUGGGCUUGACCACCGCCAUCACGGCCAACAUGACCGGCGAGCAGCUGGAGGCCUACACCCUUCAUCUUCGCAUCACGGAAAUCAGCCAGAAGCUUCGUAUUGAUGACGUCGUCCCCGCCGAUGGAGACAGAUCUCCCUCUCCUCCCCCCCAGUACGACAACCAUGGUCGCCGUAUCAACACCCGCGAAUACCGCUACCGCAAGCGCCUCGAGGACGAGCGUCACAAGCUCAUCGAGAAGGCCAUGAAGACCAUCCCUAACUACCACCCGCCACAGGAUUACCGCAGGCCCACCAAGACCCAGGAGAAGGUCUACGUGCCUGUUAACGAUUAUCCAGAGAUUAACUUCAUCGGCUUGCUCAUCGGACCUCGUGGCAAUACUCUGAAGAAGAUGGAGGGAGAAUCUGGCGCCAAGAUUGCCAUUCGUGGCAAGGGCUCCGUCAAAGAAGGAAAGGGCCGGUCGGACGCAGCUCACGCCAGCAACCAGGAGGAAGACCUUCACUGCCUCAUCAUGGCGGAGACGGAAGAAAAGGUCAACAAGGCCAAGAAGCUCAUUCACAAUAUUAUUGAGACGGCUGCUUCCAUCCCCGAAGGCCAGAACGAGCUCAAGCGCAACCAGCUUCGUGAGCUCGCAGCUCUCAACGGAACUCUCCGUGACGACGAAAACCAGGCCUGCCAGAACUGCGGUCAGAUCGGCCAUCGCAAGUACGACUGUCCCGAGCGACAGAACUACACUGCCAGCAUCAUCUGUCGUGUCUGUGGCAAUGCCGGACACAUGGCCAGAGACUGUCCCGACCGACAAAAGGGUGCCAGCUGGCGCAACGACGGUGCCGGCAGUGGCAGAGGUCCCGCUGGCCGCCUCGGAAGCGGAGACGCUGUCGAUCGCGAGUACGAGCAACUCAUGCAAGAACUCGGCGGCGGCUCUGCCAGCGGUGCUGCUCCCGCACGCAUUGAGGCCGGCCCUGGUUCCUUCAACAACGGUCCCAGCGGUGGCGGUGAUGCGAAGCCCUGGCAACGUGGCCCGACCGGUGGUCCCGCUCCCUGGCGCAGCCGUAACAACGACUCGCGUGAUGAUCGUGACCGCGACCGCGACCGCGACGGCGGUGACGGAGGCGGCGGCGGCGGCGGAGGUGGUGGAGGUGGUGGUGCCGCUCCAUGGGCCCGCGACCGCAACCGCCGCGAUGAUCAUGCUGGUGGUGACAGCUACUACGGCGGUGGUGGCGGCGGCCAAGGCUAUGGUGGUCAGCCAUCUGCCCCCGCCGCUCCAGGUGCCGCCCCGUGGCAUCAACCUCCUGGAACCCAGAACGGCUACGCUGCCUACGGUGGCUACCCCGGAUACGGUGCUCCCCCUGGCAUGGCCGCGCCUCCUCCGAACAUGCCCCCUCCUCCGCCUGGUGCUCCUGGCCUCGGAGCUCCUCCAGGCCUGGCGGCGAGCGGUAUCCAUGCCCUGAUUCAGCAAUACGCCGGCGAUGCUCCCCCGCCGCCUCCUUCGGACAAUGCGCCUCCUCCUCCCCCCAGCGACCAACCUCCCCCACCCCCCCCUGGCGCCUGA